AUGGGUAGGGACUUAUUGAAGCUCAAAAAGGUAUUCAUCAUAGGUGUGUGGGAAGCAGGAGGAGUUGGGAAAACAACAUUGGUGACUAAUCUAAACAAUGAGCUCCUAAAGACCGGUGUGUUAAGUCGUAAACUGUCAUUUGGUGUUGUGAUAUGGGUCACCGUGACCAAACCGCCAAUAGACAUAAGACAGGUUCAAGCACAAAUUGCCAGCAGAUUAAACAUGAAGAUAGAUAGCGAGGGAAGUGAUCGAAGCAUUGCCAGCAAAAUCUGUGAAAGGCUCGAGGAAGAAACGAGUUUUCUUCUCAUAAUGGAUGACGUUGGGGAAGCUAUAAAUUUGGAUGAUGUAGGUGUGCCCCAACUUUCCGCGAGAAGCAAGGUAAUUAUAACUUCUCGUUUUUUGAGUGUUUGUUGCCAAAUGAAAACAGAUGUCGAAAUGAAGGUUUACACAUUGGACGAGGAUAAAUCUUGGCAACUGUUUGACAAAAAUGUGGGAGAUAUUGUCAAUCAGGAGCAAAUCUAUCCAUUGGCAAAGGAAAUUGCAAGAGAGUGUGAUGGUUUACCUUUAGCAAUCAUUGUUAUUGGAUCAUCCAUGAGAGGGAAGACGAGGGUCGAGCUCUGGAAAGAUGCUUUGAAAUCACUUAGAAUGUCCGAACCUCAUAGCAAAGUUGUAGAAGAUAAGGAUAUUGAAUUAUCCUCAGAGCAAAGAAGCAAACGUGUGAACAAAAAGAGAGGUGAUAUUCAAAGUUGUUUCUUAUAUUGCUCCUUAUAUCCAGCGGCUAUUCCAAUAGAUGAUCUCAUACAGUGCUGUUGGGCAGAGGGGAUCCUCGGUGAACAUGACACAUAUGAAGAAGCCUACAACAGGGGAAUCACGUUGAUUGAGAGUCUAAAAGAUGAUUGCUUGCUAGAAGACGCUAAGAUGAAGACUGGGUGGAGGGAGGUUGUCCAUUAUGUUAAGAUGCAUGACGUAGUUCGUGAUGUUUCCAGAUGGAUAGCUAGUACCUUUGGGGAUGAACACACUUCUGUUUUUCAAGCUGGAAUUGGGUUGACUGAGGUGUCAUCUUCUAUCAAGAGAAUAUCUUUCAUAAGCAACAAAACUGAAUGUCUAACUGAUUGCUUCACGAAAUGUCCAAAGACAACAUCUUUACUUUUGCAAGUUUGUCAACUACAUGCUGUAAUACUACAAAAUUGUUAUUGGCUGAAAGAGUUACCACCUAUUGGUAAUCUUCACAGUUUGCAAGUGCUCGAUUGUGAUGAUACAAUGUUAAGUUGUCUGCCGCAUGGAAUGGACAAUUUGACAAAUCUGAGGCUAUUAAAUAUGCCUGUUUCUAAUAUGAAGAGCAUUAGCAAAGGAUUUUUCCUCAAAUUUCCUAGCAUUGAAAUGUUAAAUAUGUGGCGUAGCUGUCUUAGAGCGAUUUCUUUUGAUGAGAUAUCAUCUCUACACAAUCUGAUAUAUCUUUUUAUUAGAGUGGAUAGCUCAUCAUUUUUCAAUAGAGAUUACACCUGGAUGACUAGAUUGAAAAGAUUUCACAUUAGAGUUGGGGAAUAUUCACUUUAUGCACCAUACAACAAGUCAAAAAGGGUGAUAAGUGUCUAUGAGUGUGAUAUUUUCAGUAACGGAGAGCUCUCAGUUAUGUUGCAGUUUGCUUCAGAUUUGUACUUGGAAAAAUGCAGGGUGGAAGGAGGAAGUGGACAAUUUGACCCUUUGCCAAAUCUGGAAUACAUCGAACUACGUUUCGUAGAAAAUUUAAAGAGUGUUUCAGAUUUCGGUCAAUAUUGGGGUCUAAGAUUUUCUAAAUUACGCCAACUGGUUAUCUAUCGAUGUGAAAGUUUAACAUGUCUUUUCAAAGAUGGUGGAGCUUGUUCUGUGCCUAAGCACAUGGAAGAAAUUACAAGAGUUCGGAAGUUAAAGUUGUUUCUCUUACCAGAACUAGGAACGUUGGGGGAGCCACAGAGUAUGUGGGAACACUUGGAGGAACUCAAUGUGAGCUAUUGUGACAGAUUAAGGAAGUUGCCUCUCUCUAUUCAAACCUCCAACAACAUCAAAGUAAUAAAGGAGUAUCAUAUUGGUGGAGCCAACUGGAAUGGGAUGAUGAUAACUUCAAGUCAAAUUUAG